ACAGCUGCUUGCAGUCGCCCACAAUACAGUUUUGCAAAAAUGAUUUUAAAUUAAAUAAUGUCCGGAUAACAUAUUUAGAAGUCUAUGCGGCGUUUAAUUACCUCGGUCAAUGCACACAAAAUGUCGAAACAAAAGGGGAAAGCCAAGUCCGGCGUUGAUAGUACCAACACAAAGCCGGCAGCAGCCCCGGCCAACGACAGUCCAGUCACCGUGAAUAAAAGUGGAAAUAUAUGCAUUAAAAUAGUUGCAAAACCGGGAGCCAAGCACAAUGGCAUCACGAACAUUGAUCUCGAAGGCGUUGGCGUCCAAAUAGCCGCACCGCCCAGCGAAGGUGAAGCCAAUGCAGAGUUGGUGAAAUUUCUCUCCAAGGUUCUGGGGCUGCGCAAGAGCGACGUGGCUCUGGACAAGGGAUCACGCUCCCGCAACAAGAUCAUACUGAUCAGCAAGGGUGCAUCGACAGUAGAGACCAUUGAGCAGUUGCUUCGCAAGGAAUGUGAAUCGUAAAGCUAAUCCAAUAAAUAUAUCCUCAUUUAUAUGUAUUUUAAAA